AUGGCUCUUGGUGCCGGUGCGAUGUCUGGCAGACAUAAAUCUCAUCAAAGGCCAGUGCAAUCUUGGGGAACCGCUGGAGAAUGUACCGUCGUUCCAUGUAAGACGAUGCGAGCGCCGCCACCAAUAAUAAUAUACUUAAGCCUCAAGGCCGAAUACGCAGCACAGCCAGAACAGAAGGACAAGGUCUGCAGCAGAGCAGUGGCAGACUGCGUGCUGCAUCCAUCCUCGGCCUCUCGCGGGCAAUUGAAACGCUUCAUACCAAACGCAGGAAGUGUUCCUGCUUCUCUUGCCGCUCACACUUCCCGCAAGGGCUCGUUCACACUUAUCUUCAUCCACGCAUUCACGCCCUUAAUCUCGCUCACCGCACAAUUCCCCGCCAACGAAUGA